AUGCCUUCCAGCCUAUUCAGCGACGAUGAGUCGCCGCCUCCCUCCCCGGUUCUCGAAUAUCCCAAAUUGAACCUCGAUGACCUGGCCGAUCCUCCGGGAAACUGGCAGUUUCUGGGGGAGACUGUGCAGGUUAACAUGCGCGCUCGUCGAUUCCCGAAGCCGCGCUUGGAGGCAAUAGUGAAUCAUCAGAGCUGGGGAAUCGACAUGGGACUGGCCAAGCGUGCAACAAUCGAGAAGCUUCUAAGAGCUCUAUGGAAGCUAUUUUAUCACAUGGAGCCCGACCAUCGGCCGACAUCGUUUGACGAGUUCGCGGACUUUUCCAGAGAUGCGGGCCCCCGGUUGCUCUCACAUACUAUUGAAAUCGAACGCGUUCCCAUUAGCAGAUAUUAUCCUCAACCACCAACAGGCAACAAAGCGCUGAGGUCACGAUUCAAGAGGCCGAGUGACGCUCCAGAGUCAAUACCCGAUAGUCAUCUCGAGCAGAUGUCUUACCCAGUUUCUGGCGGGCCAAUUGAUCUCGAUGCCACCGAGGAUGAGGAUGAAGAACAGGAACAGGAAGAUGAGCAGGAGAAAGAACAGGAGCAGGCUCAGGUGGUCGCAAAUACUAAGAGUCCACUUCGGUCGGCACGCAGUCACUAUAGCAGCGCCAGCGUGCCUCAACCGGAAAGACAUACCGCACGGUCAUUACCGGCUAAAAAUGUCGUCGAGAUAGUCCAGCGAAUUGUUAUGAAACUUGCAAAUGCAGACCUCGAACGACACCACACAGCUACUUCGGCUGAACAGCCCUGCCUAGUGGCGACCAACGAACAAGCCCUACUGAAGACCAUUGAAAGGAAGGUUCCCGCGACGUCUCAAGUGAGAAUUGCCUGGAACCGUGACACCGAUGAGAUGGUACUGCACCCCGAUGGACGUGACUAUCCAUACCGAGGCCGCGGUCCCGUGGGCCUGUGGAACACAUGCACUAUCGAUUGUGUUAUCGUCGCCGCCAAAUUGCUUGAUGCUGGGUCCACGGUAAUAGAUCGUUGCAAGAAAGAUUGGCAGGCGCAGUUCACCCCCCUAGAACGGGGAUUGAUCGCCGCGACCGAGGUGGACUGGGAUCUGUGUUUCCCUGGACAGAGCGAAACACUACGAGAUCAUUUCUGGGAUGUGGUGAGUGAUAGCAUGCCCGAAGCCUGGAUAGGGGGUAUCCCCUGGGUGCAGGAAGUUUGGACCAAAGCGACGGCCAACUUCGCCCAAUUCCAGUUCACCCACUACGAUCAAAUUCGUCAGUGCGAGUGCAAUCCCGGCAAUGACCUCGGUGAAACCACGGGGCCAUGGAAAAGCUCAGUCAUGCAGCCAUCUGAAGUCCCGUGGGAGACUCAAGGGGAUGUCACGAUGCAGAGCCGCCUGGAGCGGGAAUUUGCUCCAAAGUUGCAACUCGAUUGCGACGUCUGCGAUACUCCCGACGCCAUAACCCGCUGGCGAACGUUUGAAAGCCUUCCUGCCCGCUUAGUUGUCAUGGUUGAUCCUGGAGUCCCUGUGACGAAACACACGCAGGAUCUCACGUUCGAAGUUGAGACAUUCGAAAAGCGAAUCUCGGUCACAUACCGCUGGGUGGGCGGGAUAUACGAGAACAAGGACAACUUCCGAGUCUUCUGGGCCGACAAUCGCCCCGGCGAGAUUGACCGCGGCGAGGUCCGUAUGUACGACGGGGCCAAAAACUUCGGGGUCAUUGUCGGAGGCCUGUCGUAUGGUCACCCGAGCGAGAGAGUCCCCUACGAUUGGUGGGCUGGAAAGACCAUCCCCUUAGUGUUCUACGAACGGGUGGACAACGUCAGCUCCCAGGUUCUCAAUACAGUGAUGAGGUCGGUAGGAUCAAUGGUAGAAGCUGUAGAGGACAAGAGGCUUCUUGCCAAUGAAAUUGGCCCCUGG